GCGAAGAAGAAGUUCGCACCAGUUUUUGCUUCCAAUCCAGUGGAGGUUUCAAUAGCAGCGGCGCGGCAGGGGAGGGACGCACUGCCAGCACUUGGGAUACCCACUUAUACACACUCACACACUCUCUCACAAACACUCCUGUCCACUAGAGACCAGUUAAAUCCUCAAGAAAACUGCAAACACGCAUCAGAACAGUCGCCCUGUCCGAUUGAUAGGCACCAGCAAGACGCGCGUGAAACGGAGGGAACUACCGGACACACCGGAGAGGGACGACCGGGUGUUUUUUUCCCUUCUUCUAAGAAAACCCAUUUCUUUAACUUUUUCUGAUUUCAGAGGAGUUUUGACAAGAAGAAGCAUCCCUCAGAAAAUUUAGUGUUUUCAAAUCCCAAGAGAAUGAGGCAGUGUAAAGGUUGGAGCUCAGUGCUGCUGAUGCUACUAGGGCUGGGAUCUUUGGCUCAGAAGCUGCCCACGAGAGAUGAAGGGCUCUUUCAGAUGCAGAUCAGAGACAAGUCGCUGUUCCAUGACUCUUCUGUCAUCCCAGACGGAGCUGAGAUCAGUGGAUACCUUUUCAGGGACACACCCAAAAGGUACUACUUUGCGGUGGAAGAAGAUAACACACCACUGUCUGUGACAGUGACACCUUGUGAUGCUCCUCUGGAGUGGAAACUGACCCUGCAGGAGCUGCCAGAAGAGUCCAGUGGAGAGGGAUCAGGAGAGCCUGAACCUUUGGAUCAGCAGAAGCAGCAGGUGACUGUAGAUGAGGGCACAGAGCUCUUCACCUACAAGGGUAAUGAUGUGGAGUCAUAUGUGGCAACCAGCACGCCCUCUGGUCUCUACCAGCUGGAGCUGCUGUCCACUGAGAAAGACAGCAACUUCAAAGUGUAUGCCACCACAACCCCAGAGUCUGACCAGCCCUAUCCGGAGCUGCCCUACGACCCCCGCGUGGAUGUGACUGGUCUGGGCCGUACUACUGUCACGCUGGCCUGGAAGCCAACACCAACAGGUUCUCUGAUGGGCCAGCCUGUUCAGUACUGCAUAGUGAUCAACAAAGAGCACAAUUUCAAGAGCAUGUGUGCUGCUGAGGCUAAAAUCAGCAAUGAUGAUGCCUUCAUGUUGGCCCCCAAGCCCGGCAGAGACUUUAACCCGUUUGACUUUGUGCACUUUGGCUUUGUUCCCCCUGACAAUGGUUUUGGCAAGGACAGAGGCCUCACAAGUAACAAGAUCUCACGGGCGUACACGGCCAAGCCCAAAGUAUCAGACAUUCUGAAGGUGUGCAUUGGCAAUAAAAACAUUUUUACAGUGUCAGAGCUUAAACCAGACACUCAGUACUACUUUGAUGUGUUUGCUGUAAAUUCUGCUACCAACACCAGCACAGCAUAUGUAGGAACUUUCGCUCGCACUAAAGAAGAAGCUCGUCAGAAGACGUUGGAGUUGAAGGACGGCAAAGUAUCAGAUGUUUUUAUCAAGAGAAAGGGCAGCAAGUUUCUUCGCUUCGCUCCUGUGUCUUCCCACCAGAGGGUCACUCUGUUUGUCCACUCGUGUCUGGAUGUGGUGCAGGUACAGGUGAGGCGCGACGGCAAGCUGGUUCUGUCCCAGAAUGUGGAAGGAGUACGGCAGUUCCAGCUGCGGGGUAAGCCGAAAGCCAAGUAUCUGAUCCGCUUGCGAGGAAACCGAAAAGGGGCUUCCACUUUGAAGUUGCUUGCCACCACACGACCCAGCAGCAAACAGCCUUUUCCAUCUCUUCCGGAGGAUACACGCAUUAAGGCCUUUGACAAGCUGCGAACCUGCUCGUCCGUCACGGUGGCCUGGCUGGGCACACAGGACCGCAACAAGUAUUGCAUUUACCGUAAGGAGGUGGCUGAAAAUUACGGCGAAGAGCAGCGACGCAGGGAGCAAAAUCAGUGUGCCGGGCCAGAGACCCGAAGGAAGUCAGAAAAGGUCCUGUGCAAGUACUUCCACAGCCCAAACCUGCAGAAAGCUGUGACCACAGAGACCAUCACUGGUCUGGAGCCAGGCAAGACCUACCUGCUGGAUGUUUACGUGGUGGGACACAGUGGUCACUCUGUGAAAUACCAGAGCAAACUGGUGAAAACAAGGAAAUACUGCUAAAUGACUCUGCAAAGAAGAAAUCUAUUAUAUAUAUAAAUAUAUAAAUAUAUUAAAUAAGUUUAUUUAACACUAAGUGAUAUUCUACUAAGGAGUGUAUACAGACUGACUACUCACUCAGCUGGUGGGCCUGUGGCAGUGACUGAACUGUUUGUAGAGAGAUAUCAACCUGUAUAUUUAUGUUUACAUUUCUUUGUGGCACGUCUGAGUGGGCUGUUGCUUUGUUAGCAGACCUGUCGUCUUGACAUCAUGUUGCCACUGCAGAGGCAGAUCUUCAAAGAUCAUAUUUCACCUCGUCUGUUUCUUUGUUGCUGCAUGACAUUUGCUUUUGUCUGUCAUAUUUGUCACAUCCUUCAGUUACAAAUCACGUUGGCUGGAGGAGAUCCAGUGGCUGCCCGCUUUGUAUAGAUCUCACUGCAUAUUCACUACAUGAGUUAGGAGGAUUUUAAGUUAUUUUAUACUUCUCGUCUAUCUUUUUGAUGUUUUUAUUGAUGACUGUAAUAACUGUUCCAAGAAAGUUCCAGUUUAUGAGGAAGUUGUGGUAGUUCAGACAUUCCUGUAUGUGUCUCAGCCAGUGUUUGCUCUAGAGCCCAUCUUGUAAAUGUGUUCUGUGCUGGAGAUCUGUGUUAUUAUCACUGUAUCGGUGUGUGUGUGUGUGUGUGUGUGUGUACAUGCGUGUGAGUGUGUGUGUGUGUGUGUGUGUGUGUAUGUGUCACAUGUACAGAGCUGUCCUGCCAAUAUUCAUGUACAUAAAGACUAAAUAUAGAACAAGUAAUCCCUGUGUCACCCUGGGUGUCAUAUUCUUUUGCCAAGCAGUUAACAUCACCAUCGAGAAGAACAAGUUCACUGCACCUUGUUUCUAAGAAGACACCUUUCUAAAGAGACAUGUUUGCAUAAGCAGACGCUGAUGCAAAGAGACACUUCAGGGAUUCUCAGAUCUGCAGGAGAUGCAUCUUUGCAUACUUCUUUUGAGAGCGUUUCUUCAUUUCUGCUCAACAUUCAUUCAUGUCCUAUGUGUAGAUGAAAUAAAAAAUACACAUAAACUUUCUAGCUCACAGAAUAUUGAUGCCUCAUGUGUUUUGAACACUAAAUUAGAUGUUUGUACAUAAAUAGUCAUGUAGGUUUGUGUGGUGAUCUUCAGAAUGAUCAAAUACAGUAAUAUGACUCCAGAACAUUGAUGGUGCUGAUUCAGAAACUGCAUUUUAUAUGUGAAAUAAUACACAAUGUCAGUGUCACAAUGGAUGGUCUAACAGGUCUGAUGGGGUCAAGAAUGCUUGAAAAAAACUUUUGCAAUAAUCUGUCAACAGCAGCUACCAGUCAAAAUUAUGGACACAUCUACUCAUUGAGUUUGAAUGAGUGUGUGGGUCCAAACCUUUAACUGGUUCUGUAUACUGUAGAACACAUAUAUAACUUUUUUUUGUCUUUCAGUAAACAUGAAUGAAGCAGGUCUGUUAUUUCUUUUUACU